CAAACUGUAAUGAUCAGGUGCAGCCAGGCAAGUGUACUGACUGGCCCUCUUUUGUACUCCUUCCUGUCUAUUGCCAUCUUUGUUCCUCCCUGCUCCUCUCCCCCUGCUCAUCCCUCCCUUUUUUAUACAGCUCUUAACUAUCGCUGCACCCCUCUGAUUCUGGGCUUCCCCAGGUUUAUAGUCUUACCAGUUGGAAAGUCCAGGCUGAUCUUCCUGGGGGUGAUGCUUGUGGUUUCUUGAUAGCCCAUUGGUUAGUGUGAGUGGUGAGCUUCGGGUUUGUUUUUUUUUUUUUAUGGUCUCUAUGUUUGUUUUUUCAGGUGUGUGUCUCUGUAUACAUUUUGGUUUGAGUUUCCCCUUUUCCCCUUGGUUUUCCAACUGAUAAGGUCCCUGAUCAGAUAACCUUGCUGGAAUAAACACUCUCACACUCCCACAUCCCCCCAUCAGUUACUGUGACUGACCUGGUUUGGUACUCAUCACCACCUCCCUCAUUUGCUGCUCAGGAAAAUGUCUGAAGUUCCUGGAGUCAUUGCUAACGCUGACAUUGAACCAAAAUCUAUACAUCGUGCCGAGAAAUGGUCGGGUGAUGUAGAGAACUUAUACAGAUUCCAGCAAGCUGGAUACAGAGAUGAGAUUGAGUAUAAACAAGUGAAACAAGUAGAUACGGUAGAGUACUGGCCAGAAACUGGAUUUGUUAAGAAACUUCAGAGAAGGGACAAUACAUUCUAUUACUACAAUAAGCAAAGAGAAUGCGAAGACAAAGAAGUCAACAAAGUGAAAGUUUAUGUGUAUUAGUUUUGGGUUUGUUCUGAUUUGCUUGUAGUUUUUGUGAUAAAUCUGCUUGUUAGAAUCAGAAAGUGAAUGAGAUUAAACAAUCUGAUUUACCUGAA